UGAAAGGUCGCCGCGAGGCGGUCAAGAAACAGGUCGAGCUUCUUCUGUCUCAGAUUGCGAAGACGCGCUGCGAGUAUGCCAACGUGAAGGUUUUGCGGGUGCAACAGGGAAUUCCGGUCGAGCAGCUCUCGCGAGACCGGUGGAAGCAGGAGUUUCCGGAGGAGAAAGACGUCCCCGGGUUCCUGAAAAACCGCAAGCAUGGCGCGGUCGGGGCCGACGGGGCGAAGAUCGGCAACGUGGACAUCGGGAAGGAUUUCCACUCUGCGCUGGAAAAGCUCUACCUCUUAUCCAGGAAAAAACACCCAUCCAGAGCAUCCAAUUUGUCAUGCAGAGCACACGUAUACAAGUCUUGCGUUUGUCAUGCAAAAAAUGGAUGAGGAUUUUGUUUUUUUUUCUGUGGAUGCCUCUCCUCCAUGCGCUACGAGGACAUGCCGCUGAUUAAGGAC